ACCCCUAUUUGCGUGUUCAUUUGGUUGAGAGAGAGCGGCGAUGGCGUCCUCGGCUGUGGAAGAGGGUGCUGUGUCUGCGUCUGGCGCCGUCAUUGGCGAUGCUCCUGGCCAUGGCGCUCCCGGAAAGAAAGAUGGCGAAGAAGCUCCGGCUGUCAAGAAGGAAGAAACUUCCGCCGUCGAAGCCAAGGAAAAAUCCCUGGAGAAUGCUCCGGCUGUCGAAUCCAAGGACAAAGCGCUGGACCUGGGUGUCAACACGGAUGUCAACAAGGUGAAAGCGCCUGGCUUUAUGGAGCGUACCAUGGAGGAAGUCGAGGCCGUGGCGGAGGCUCUUCACGAGAAGCUCGAUCUCAAGGGGACCAAUGACGAGAACAAGGACCAGAAUGAAGAACGCGACGGCAUUUUCAAGCGGCUUCUAAAGAAGAUUGGCUUCAAGUGAGCGGACUCGCUGGACAUGCCGCUUUCGUCUUAGGCUUUUAAACGUGUAUAGAAAAGACUUCGGGCUCUCUGUUUUGUUUUGUACUGUGAUUUGUUUUCACUCAACACGAUGCUACAAAUUAAACAAA